AAAUAGGGGUACCCGGUAGAACCUCUGGGGUCAAGUUAAAUUCUAUUACUAUAUGAUAUGAUGAACACUUAUCCCACAGACCCAAAAAAAGAGCACAAAAUGGAGUUAAGGGAGCUUGGGAGAACAGGACUGAAACUAAGCUCAGUAGGCUUCGGAGCCUCCCCUCUCGGCAACGUCUUCGGUUCCGUUUCCGAACAACAAGCCAACGCCUCCGUUCGUCUCGCCUUCCAAUCCGGCAUCAACUUCUUCGACACUUCUCCAUACUAUGGAUCAACACUGUCGGAAAAAGUGCUCGGUAAAGCUUUAAAAGCCCUAAAUGUUCCGAGAAGUGAAUACAUUGUAGCGACCAAGUGUGGACGCUACGAAGAUGGGUUUGAUUUUAGUGCAGAGAGAGUGACCAGAAGUAUAGAAGAGAGCUUGGAAAGAUUGCAGCUUGAUUAUGUCGAUAUUCUUCAAUGCCACGACAUCGAAUUUGGAUCGUUAGAUCAGAUUGUUAAUGAGACAAUUCCUGCACUACAGAAACUGAAGGAAGCGGGGAAGACUCGUUUCAUUGGGAUUACGGGACUUCCGUUGGGGGUAUUUACUUAUGUUCUCGAUAGGGUUCCGCCUGGAACAUUGGAUGUUAUACUUUCCUAUUGCCAUCAUUCUAUUAAUGAUUCGACCUUGGAGGAUAUAGUGCCUUAUCUCAAGUCCAAAGGUGUAGGUAUCAUCAGUGCUUCCCCAUUGGCGAUGGGUCUUCUCACUGAGGCUGGCCCUCCCGAAUGGCAUCCUGCUUCACCGGAACUUAAGUCUGCUUGUAAAGCUGCUGCUACCUAUUGCAAAGAAAAAGGAAAAAACAUUUCAAAGUUAGCACUGCAGUACAGCUUGCUAAAUAAAGAAAUCACAUCAGUGCUUGUUGGCAUGAGAUCUGUUGAACAGGUGGAGGAAAAUGUUGCUGCCGCAAGAGAAGUAGCCGCUUCUGGAAUUGAUGAAGAGGCUCUGUCAGAAGUUGGAGCCAUUCUAAAGCCUGUCAAAAAUCAGACAUGGCCUAGUGGAAUCCAGGAGAGUUGACCCCCUUCUGCCUGACACUGCCUAUCAAGACGUCACACAGAUGUCUCAUUCCGAUUUCUAAUGUUCUUUAUUUCUGUUCAAUAAGAGAAGUUACGUCCACUAUCCAAAUUAUUUUGGCUUGUCGUUUAUAGAGUGCACACGAUGUUUUUGUGCCUAUCUCCUCCAGCUACUUGGGAAUAAAAGUAGUCAUUGGUUGGUUUCAUCUGUCUGUAUAAUUUAGAAGUGCUACUGCUGUUGUAACUUGGCAAAAAAAAAAAUCUAGUUUCCCCAUUCAAACCGCUAUUUUCAUUUUAAGAAAAAGUUGAUUAUAUCA